ACGGCUGCAUAGUGCCAGCUCAGCUCGCCUUGGGAGCGUUAAUCGCCGACAUUGUUUGUUACCUGCUGGUGGCUUUUUCCCCGUCUGCUGUUAUUGAUUCCCACUCGUGCGCAGCCACGCAGGACUGACGCGUCCCUGCUUUUCGCACUCGGCCGAUUCGACCGCCCAAGCAUGACCGAGCAAGACAUCGCGAAUUUCCCUGCAUGCCAUACUGCUACUUGAUCGCAUUUAUGCCUAGCCGAGACCCUCCGCGAACGCAACCAUGGCUGAACCGCAGAAGAAGGGAUUCUGGGGCGGUCUGCUUCGUAGAGUCAGCAACGCCCAGCGAGCCUCGAAGCUGGAGCAAGAGCCGCCGCUGAGACGGUUCGCCGAGGGCGACGACUCGUUUUCGCAGAGACGCAAAUCCGAGAGGGUCGAUGUUACCCACCCGCGCAGACGACCUCGGCGCCCGAAUCCCGACCCCAAAGGCAAGGGCCGCGAGAAACCGAACGGCCGCCACCGCCACCACUCGGCCACCUUAUCGGGAUGGCCGCCAUCCGGCGUGUCGAGCGAGGAGGAGCUAUCGCUCGGCCACGCGAUGGAGCUCAUCUCGAAAGGUGUCCCGGCCCACAAGGGCCACAAGCGCCCCAUCCCGCAUGCCUCCGACCACUACUACCGCCUAUACACCACCACCGCCGGCAAUCACAGCGACGAGACCGACGCCGCCAACCAACACGAGUCCAUGACCCAGCUGACCACCCUGCGAAUCCAGGGCACCGGCCUGCCCACCUAUCCCUGGGAGACCUUCGAGCAGCCGAGCCUCGCGUUCGGGUUCGGAGCGCGGCCGGGCACCAUCACCUUGAACCACUGGGUCGGUCUCUUCAGCGAACUCCCGCGCCAGAUCGAGCUGCGCGACCUCGGCAUGACCCCGAGAGAGGCCGAUCUGACCCGAAUUUUCGAUCGGCUGAAGGACUUGGAGGAGGGCGGUCUGGAAGACGACAGCGAAGAGCUGCUAUAUCGCCUGUACAAGCGGUUUCUCAAGGACCCGGACAAGUCCUUCAGCCCGCAUAAGACGAUGCACCAGCAGAUUACCGAUUUGGUCACGUGUCUGUCGAGUUCCAACUGGGUUGAUUUCUCGAUUCCGAAGAACCAGGUCGUCACAAAGUUCAUCUACGAUACCGGCCCUGAGAAUCACGAGCAGUACAGAAAGUUCUUCUACCAGCUACUGCUGAGCCUCGAGCUGGAGCUGCGAAUCAACUCGAGGCUCCAUACGGACGAGGCCAAGGAGAAGCUCAUGGCGCUGAUACCGCCCAAGAUCCAAUGGAAUCUAGCGCUCGCCAGACGAUGGCGGGACUACCUGCGCAUCGAGGACUACGGGAAGACGCCAGAACAGGUCAGACUACGGUUCAAGUUGCAGAAGAGACAGGUCAAAAUGUUGAAGAGGUUUGCCCAGAUGAUGAAGUGGCCGAACCUAACCGAGACGCUGGAUGAGCUGAGGCUGAGAGAGGCGGAGGGGACGCUGAUGUCCGUCAGCUCGCACGCCAUGGCCUUUUUCAGCUGUCUGAUCUUGCCGGGACCCACUUUCCCUUUCCUUAUCAUGAACGCUCUCAUCGACGUCGACCCGGACAAGGCGACAGACAAUCUUGCCUUGCUAACACACCUUCACCCCCACUGCGGCUUCCAAUACCGCGGCAGCUAUACGUACUGGUCCUCGAGUUGCGUCGUCGGCAAGGUGCUCGCGCCGACUUGUCUCGAGGUUGCCGGAUGGGUUGGUCCGGCUCGGCCCACCGGGGACCUCGGUCGGUCCCAAAUCGCCCGGAUCCGCGCCCGGAAGCCGCGGCAGCAUAUGCUGACGCCGGGCGACGUGGCUACGAUGAGCGAAAGAUCCAAUCCCUUAGGGCCGCCUUCGAGGGUUUAUCCGGUCAAGGACUAUAAGCUGCUGAUACCCGACACGGACGACAUCGUAGACACGAUACGAAUCGAGUUGGUCAACCUGAAGACGCUUACCGACAAGCAGGACUCGGGCCCUCAGUGGUUCGACGCGUCGAUACAGUUUGCCAUAGACGGCGUGUCGUGGCCGCUUCACCUCACGUUCGAUGUUUCGUUCAUCAACGCGUGGCCGUGCACCGACGGUCCCCACCCGCUAUUCUUCGACUUCGUCUUCACCGCCGUCCAGGUCGACGAGGUGGUGAAGAUUCUCGAUUGGGGCAAGCUGAACGGGAACACCAAGGAACCGGGUCCGGAGUCAAGCCCGGUCGGCGGAAGCAAGCCCGCGAAGUCGGCCCAGCCGGGAGAGGAUGACGACGAGAAGGUGCUCGUAAUCAAGGCGUUUGGCACAAAAGACAACGAGGUCUUGGCGCGCGCGUGGUGCUCCCACUGGGGGCUCAACGCCGUGGUGGCGGAUAUCGGGAAGACCUGCAUGGCGUGUGCCGUCCGCGAAGCCUACGCGGCGACCUUGACGGUCUUGAUACUCGUCGACGACCAAUCGGAGAUCUUAGAAUAACGGCACGAUGACCACGACCUGCGUGUGUAGGAGUGGGGGGAGAGAAGGUGCCUGCGACAGCACUCCCACGAUGAAAUGAUAAUGCGAUACAGAGAUAUAGACGCCCCCUCCCCCCUAGGACCAAUGAUUUUCCCUAGCGGUCGCGGCGUAUCUGACGAUUCAUUAACGACGGUUUACAACGUCUCACUUUAUGAAGUAAGGGAUCUUCAUG